CUGAGUUUUAUUCCCAUUAUUUAUCCUUAAAUUCAUUUCUUUUUUUGCUUUUUUCACUAUUUAUUAAAGUCAUUAAUGGGAGACAUUAAUGUUCAUUUUUGUUAUUUGGCCGUGGGUUUAAUUUUUAAUUUCAAAUCAAAUGAGUGAAGGUCAGAGUAGCUUUCUGCCCUGCUUUCGUUAUCGACAAUCGGCUUGUAGUGUUGAAAUAAAACAUAUACAGCCUGAAGUAAAUGGAAUACGAGUGGAAAGAGAUGGAGACAAGCAAAGUGAGUUUGAUAGCCUACUGUUUCAUCGUUGGAAGGAUUCUAUGGAAAAGGGGUGCUUUAGGUAUACUUUAGACCAUGUGAAAUGCAGGACGAUUCCUGGGGAACAAGGCUUUGUGGCUCAGUUUAAUGACAAAAGAACAACAAAAAGAAGAAAGCCCCCACGAAUAACAGACAUCAGGCAGCCAUUCAACCCAGACAAUUUUAACUUUAACAAGAUAAAAGAGGGAGAAAAAUUAUUUAGUUUUUGCCCAGAAGAAGAGGAUACUAUGUUGCAAGAUGCAGAAAAAAGUACUAAUUUAAUCAUCAUCAAUGACAGUCCUGUAGAUGUAGGACAUGUUCUGUUGGUACCCAGUAUUAACAAGUGUCUUCCUCAGGUCCUUACGGAGGAGUCACUACACUUGGCACUUGAUAUGAUGCUGCUAAGCAAACACAGGGGUCUCAGAGUUUGCUGGAAUAGUCUUGGUGCCUUAGCUAGUGUCAAUCACCUGCAUUUCCAUGCCAUGUUCUUGGAUCACUCACUCCUUGUUGAAAAAAUUGAUGCUGUACAUUUAGCUUGUAGUUGUUAUGAAGUUGUAAAUCAGUCCACUAGAGGAUUUGCAUUUCAGCUUCACGGAAACACAAUCAACACCCUAGCAAGACUUAUCUUCAAGGUGUCAUGUUACUUGACUGACAGACAAGUUCCUCACAAUAUGUGCAUGAGUCGCGGUGAUGCAUUUCCUUUAGCCAUGCAGGAAGAAACACCAAACAAGAUUGAUGAGCCCACAACAAUUAGAGUCUUGCUGUGGCCUAAGAAACCAAUGUUUGACUUUAAAGAUGAUCCUCCAUUUCUGAAUGCCUGUAUAGAGCCAGGAGGAUUCCUAGUGAUGAAAGACUUAUCUUCAAGGUGUCAUGUUACUUGACUGACAGACAAGUUCCUCACAAUAUG